AUGGGGGCGUUGGGCGCGUGCAGCCUCCUCAUGCUGACGAGCUUGGCCGCGGGUCUGAGCUUCGGCAUCCGGCAGAGGAGUGUCGUGAAAUUGGCUGUGAUAGCGCCCGCGGAUCCCCACCACGAGCAGAGCCUCCCACGACUGCUGCCCGCCGUCCUUAUGGCCGUGAGGGCGGUGAGCGCCCCGAGGGGUCCCCUACCCGGAUGGAGCAUCAAGGUCGAGCACCGGGACUCGCAGUGCUCGAGUACCUACGGGCCGCUAGCCGCAUUCGACUUCUACAUAAACAGGACCGCAGAUGCAUUCCUGGGCCCGGUCUGCGAAUACGUGCUGGCCCCGGUGGCAAGGUACGCAGGCGCCUGGAGGAUCCCUGUUCUGACCGCCGGUGGUCAGGCCGACGCCUUCCGCCACAAGGACCAGCAUUACCCGACGCUCACGCGGAUGAUGGGCUCCCACCGGCUCGUCGGCGAGGCCCUACAACAUAUACUUCAGGGCUUCGGCUGGAAGGUCGCCGCCCUACUCUUCCACAACCACGCGAUGGCCAGCAGCCGUGGCAACUCCAAGUGUCACUUUACCCUCGGAGCCGUUUACACGGCACUCAAUCAGACGUCCAUGUACAAGAGCUUUAAUCAAGAGGCGACCACGCCCGAGGAUUACAGGGAUCUACUCGCCUUUGUCUCCAAGUCUGCAAGAAUUGUAGUGAUGUGCGCCAAUUCGACGACCAUACGUGAAAUUCUCCUAGCUGCUUCGGAACUGGGAAUGGUUGAUUCUGGGGAAUAUGUUUUUUUUUCAAUAGAGCUGACAACUAGUGAUCAUAACACGAAGGAGCCUUGGCACGUGGAAGCUGACACCUGGGAGCGCAACGAGAAGGCCCGCAAGGCUUACCAGGCGUUGCUCACGGUGACAACCCGCACCCCAGACAACCUCGAAUACCUGAACUUUUCGCAAGAGGUGAAGUCCCUCGCUCAGAGCCGAUACAACUUCACCUUUGGCAACAGCUCCGUCUCGACCUUCGUCACCGCCUUCUACGACGCGGUUCUCCUUUACGCCCUCGCCCUUAAGGAGAGUCUACCGGAGAAGCCGGGUGAGGUUAACCUAGACGGUGGAAACCUCACGCGACGCAUGUGGGGCCGGAGUUUCAGAGGUAUUACAGGAGACGUGCACAUCGACGAGAACGGCGAUCGCAUAGCCGAUUAUUCUCUACUUGACAUGAAUCCUGAAACUUCAAAGUUCGAGAUAGUAGCAAACUACUACGGAGCGAAUAGAACUUUAGAAUAUAUACCAGGAAAGAGGAUACAUUGGUCGGGAGGCCGACUCGAGCCGCCACCUGAUACACCCACGUGUGGAUUUGAUGGAUUGCUUUGCCCGGACAACUCGUUACCCGGUUACGCCAUACUUUCAAUCGUACUUAGUUCAAUCGUUGUAUUUUUGGUAGUUGGUUCUGUUUUUACGUACAGACACUUCAAACUCGAGGCAGAAAUUGCAUCGAUGACGUGGAAAGUACAUUGGGAAGAUGUUAUUGUCAUGCCGAGCUCAAAGUUCAAAGCAGGUUCAAUGUAUUCAUUAGCAGCGAACAAACAGCGUGGCAGUCAAUUGAGCAUAUAUUCCGAAGACAAUAUGAGUCUGCACGGUGGAGUGGAUAGACGUUCUUUCGCUCCUACAGGAAUUUAUAAGAAUUCAAAAAUUGCUAUUAGGCCUAUUCCAAGGAACAAAGUUGAUAUUUCACGUCCGCUUUUAUUAGAGUUAAAAAGGAUGAAGGAUCUCCAACACGAUCAUUUAGUGAGAUUUUACGGGGCCUGCGUCGAGCCACCGCAUUGCUGCCUACUCACCGAAUAUUGUCCAAGAGGUUCACUUCAGGAUAUCCUAGAGAACGAGCAGAUGAAGCUCGAUCGAGUCUUCCGGGGUUCGCUGAUCCACGACAUUGUCCGAGGUAUGGGCUACUUGCACGCUUCGGAGAUUCGGAGUCACGGUAAUCUUAAGUCAACGAAUUGCCUCGUCGACUCGAGGUUCGUACUGAAGAUCGCAGACUUUGGACUCCACGAGCUCAGGAAGCCACAUCCCCUCGAUCCGGAUGACGAUGCCAAUAGUUACGCGUAUUGGAGAAAGCAGCUGUGGACGGCUCCGGAACUGCUGAGGACCGAGCGCAGGUCGGCCGAGGGUACACAAAAGGGAGAUGUCUACAGCUUCGCCAUUAUCGUCCACGAGAUUGAGAUGCGCCAAGGGCCGUUUUUCUUGGGCACCGCCAACGAUCUAUCUCCCAAGGAGAUUAUAGAAGGCGUUCGAAAAGGUGGUGGAUCUCCUUUGAGGCCUUUCUUAGAUGAAACUUCUGUAGACGAAGAAGUUGCAUCAUUGAUGGAUCGAUGCUGGGCGGAGGAUCCCGCUGGACGACCAGACUUUGCGGGCUUGAAGGAUAUUGUUCGUAAAAUCAACAAGGACAGCCGAAUCAAUAACCUCCUGGACAAUCUGCUGUCGCGAAUGGAACAUUAUGCCGACAAUUUGGAAAAUCUCGUAGCCGAGCGCACAGCUGACUAUCUCGAGGAGAAGCGAAAGUGCGAGGAGUUGCUCUAUCAAUUGUUGCCCAAGUCUGUUGCGUCACAGCUAAUACUAGGAAGAAGCGUAAUCGCCGAAACAUAUGAUCAGGUGACGAUUUAUUUUAGUGACAUUGUAGGCUUUACGAGCCUCUCUGCUGAAAGCACACCACUACAAGUAGUUGACCUCCUCAACGAUCUCUAUACGUGUUUCGAUUCCAUUAUUGAAAAUUUCGAUGUUUACAAGGUGGAAACUAUAGGAGAUGCUUAUAUGGUUGUUUCUGGUCUACCAGUGAGAAAUGGUAUGAACCACGCCAGGGAAAUAGCAAGAAUGAGUUUGGCCCUAAGAGAUACAGUAAUGACAUUCAGUAUUCGACACAGGCCUAACGAGCAGCUGAAAUUACGUAUUGGCAUGCACAGUGGUCCGUGUGUUGCGGGUGUCGUAGGCUUAAAAAUGCCUAGGUACUGUCUAUUUGGAGAUACAGUAAACACGGCAUCGAGGAUGGAGAGCAACGGCGAAGCCCUGAAAAUACACGUAAGUCCAAAGACGAAGGAAAUACUUGAUACCUUUGGGACAUUUGAUCUUGUUUGCAGAGGAGAGGUUACAUUGAAGGGCAAGGGUAAGAUGACGACGUACUGGCUGAUUGGCGAGAAACCCCAGCCUCAAUCGGAGAACAACAACGUGCAGCAGCAGCAGCAGCAGCAGUCGCGUAUCAACUCCAAUCAGAUCCCAGCAAUUUCGACACCCCGGCACUCGAUCUAUGGAUCUCCAUCUCAAUCCGAGAUGGCUCAGAAUCGCAAUCUCGGGACAUUGACCGGCAAUGGGGCACCACCUCUGCUCUCGCCCUCUCAUCAUCACGUGUGCGGCGGCGGUGGUGGUGGCGACGUUGGCACCGCUGGCAUCGGUGGCAUUACUACUUCCAUUGCUACUUCGGUAAUUGCCCAACAGCAACAGCAGCAACAGCAGCAGCAGGCGAGUAACGAGACCCUACCAAACCAUAACGUGGAGAGCAGCGCCAAUGCACCUCUGCUUCUUCCCGUGGGCUCCGCACCCUGAGCCAAGCCGAGGCGAUGAAUCGACGAUGGGGACAUGCGUGAAGGGGAUGGAUAUCGAAA